AUGUGUUUACAUGUUCAUAAUUCCUUCGUGUGUGUUUACAUGUUCAUAUUUCUUUCAUAUGUGUUUAUAUGUUCAUAUUUCCUACAUAUGUGUUUACAUAUUCAUAUUUUAUUACAUAUGUGUUUACAUGUUCAUAUUUCCUUCAAAUGUGUUUACAUGUUCAUAUUUCCUUCAUAUGUGUUUACAUAUUCAUAUUUCCUACAUAUGUGUUUACAUGUUCAUAUUUCUUUCAUAUGCUUUUACAUGUUCAUAUUUCCUACAUAUGUGUUUACAUGUUCAUGUAUGUGUUUACUUGUUCAUAUUUUCAUGUAUGUUUUUCUUUAUAUGUGUUACAUAUUCAUAUUUCUUAUGUGUUUACAUGUUCAUAUUUCUUUCAUAUGCUUUUACAUGUUCAUAUUUCCUAUAUAUGUGUUUACAUGUUCAUGUAUGUGUUUACUUGUUCAUAUUUUCAUGUAUGUUUUUCUUUAUAUGUGUGUUUACAUAUUCAUAUUUCCUACAUAUGUGUUUACAUGUUCAUAUUUCUUUCAUAUGCUUUUACAUGUUCAUAUUUCCUACAUAUGUGUUUACAUGUUCAUGUAUGUGUUUACUUGUUCAUAUUUUCAUGUAUGUUUUUCUUUAUAUGUGUUUACAUAUUCAUAUUUCCUACAUAUGUGUUUACAUGUUCAUAUUUCUUUCAUAUGCUUUUACAUGUUCAUAUUUCCUACAUAUGUGUUUACAUGUUCAUGUAUGUGUUUACUUGUUCAUAUUUUCAUGUAUGUGUUUACAUGUUCAUAUUUUCUUCAUGUGUUUAAAUGUUCAUAUUUCCUACAUAUAUGUUUACAUAUUCAUAUUUCCUACAUAUGUGUUUACAUAUUCAUAUUUCCUACAUGUGUGAUUACAUGUUCAUAUUUUCUUCAUGUGUGUUUACAUGUUCAUAUUUCUUUCAUAUGUGUUUACAUGUUCAUAUUUCGUUCAGUCAAAUUACGAAAUUAA